AUGUCGUGUUGUGACCUGGCUGCGGCGGGACAGUUGGGCAAGGCGGGCAUCAUGGCCUCGGAUUGUGAGCCAGCUCUGAACCAGGCAGAGAGCCGAAACCCCACCCUGGAGCGCUACCUGGGAGCCCUCCGUGAGGCCAAGAAUGACAGUGAGCAGUUUGCAGCCCUGCUGCUAGUGACCAAGGCAGUCAAAGCAGGUGACAUCGAUGCCAAAACUCGGCGGCGGAUCUUCGAUGCCGUAGGCUUCACCUUCCCCAAUCGUCUCCUGACCACCAAGGAGGCACCAGAUGGCUGCCCCGACCAUGUUCUCCGAGCCCUGGGUGUGGCCCUGCUGGCCUGCUUCUGCAGUGACCCUGAACUGGCCUCCCAUCCCCAGGUCCUGAACAAGAUCCCCAUCCUUAGCACCUUCCUCACUGCCCGGGGGGACCCGGAUGAUGCUGCUCGCCGUUCCAUGAUUGACGACACCUACCAGUGCCUGACAGCUGUGGCAGGCACACCCCGUGGCCCCCGGCACCUCAUUGCUGGUGGCACCGUGUCUGCCCUGUGUCAGGCAUACCUGGGGCAUGGCUAUGGCUUUGACCAGGCCCUGGCACUCCUAGUGGGGCUGCUGGCUGCUGCUGAGACCCAGUGCUGGAAGGAGGCGGAGCCCGACCUCCUGGCCGUGUUGCGGGGCCUCAGUGAAGAUUUCCAGAAAGCUGAGGAUGCCAGCAAGUUUGAGCUCUGCCAGCUGCUGCCCCUCUUUCUGCCCCCGACAACCGUGCCCUCUGAAUGCCUCCGGGAUCUGCAGGCCGGGCUGGCACGCAUCCUGGGCAGCAAGCUGAGCUCCUGGCAGCGCAACCCUGCACUAAAGCUGGCAGCCCGCCUGGCGCACGCCUGCGGCUCCGACUGGAUCCCAGCGGGCAGCUCCGGGAGCAAGUUCCUGGCCCUGCUGGUGAAUCUGGCAUGUGUGGAGGUACGGCUGGCACUGGAGGAGACAGGCACAGAAGUAAAAGAGGAUGUGGUGACCGCCUGCUACGCCCUCAUGGAGUUGGGGAUCCAGGAAUGCACCCGCUGUGAGCAGUCACUGCUCAAGGAGCCACAGAAGGUGCAGCUCGUGAGCAUCAUGAAGGAGGCCAUCGGGGCUGUCAUCCACUAUCUGCAGCAGGUGGGGCCAGAGAAGCAGAAGGAGCCCUUUGUGUUUGCUUCGGUGCGGAUCCUGGGGGCCUGGCUGGCCGAGGAGACCUCAUCCCUGCGCAAGGAGGUCUGCCAGCUGCUGCCCUUCCUUGUGCGCUAUGCCAAGACCCUCUACGAGGAGGCCGAGGAGGCGAAUGACCUCUCCCAGCAGGUGGCCACCCUGGCCAUCUCCCCCACCACCCCAGGGCCCACCUGGCCAGGGGAUGCUCUCCGGCUCCUUCUGCCCGGCUGGUGCCACCUGACCGUUGAAGAUGGGCCCCGGGAGAUCCUGAUCAAGGAGGGAGCCCCCUCACUUCUGUGCAAGUAUUUCUUGCAGCAGUGGGAACUCACAUCCCCAGGCCAUGACACCUCAGUGCUGCCUGACAGUGUGGAGAUCGGCCUGCAGACCUGCUGCCAUAUCUUCCUCAACCUUGUGGUCACCGCACCAGGGCUGAUCAAGCGAGAUGCCUGCUUCACAUCUCUUAUGAACACCCUGAUGACGUCGCUGCCCUCACUAGUGCAGCAGCAAGGGAGGCUGCUUCUGGCUGCCAAUGUGGCCACCCUGGGCCUUCUCAUGGCCCGGCUCCUCAGUACCUCUCCAGCUCUUCAGGGAACACCAGCGUCCCGAGGUUUCUUCGCAGCUGCCAUCCUCUUCCUAUCACAGUCCCAUGUGGCGCGGGCCACAUCUGGCUCAGACCAGGCGGUGCUGGCCCUGUCCCCCGACUACGAGGGCGUCUGGGCCGACCUGCAGGAGCUCUGGUUCCUGGGUAUGCAGGCCUUCACAGGCUGUGUGCCCCUGCUGCCCUGGCUGGCCCCAGCCGCCCUGCGCUCCCGCUGGCCACAGGAGCUGCUCCAGCUGCUGGGCAGCGUCAGCCCCAACUCUGUCAAGCCCGAGAUGGUCGCCGCCUAUCAGGGCGUCCUGGUGGAGCUGGCACGGGCCAACCGGCUGUGCCGGGAGGCCAUGAGGCUACAGGCGGGUGAGGAGACAGCCAGCCACUACCGCAUGGCUGCCCUGGAGCAGUGCCUGUCAGAGCCCUGA